AUGGCCUCGUCUUCUCGAAGCCGGGAAUAUGGGGCACUCCCCCGACCUUCCGACUCAUCCUCGCGGCCCUCACUAGACCAGGACGAGCCCCAACACCCCCAUGAAGCUGUCGCCUUGCUAUCAGGCACAGCAUCGCCUGUUUCCGACGACGGCAGUCGCGGUAUUCUCGGUGGCAGGUCUCGCCACGAUCACCUUGAGGGCUCCGACGAUGGCCCUGACACAACGGAACGCCAAGCCCGCCAGGCCAUGGCGGCUGAGCAUGCUCUGACGCCGUGGCAGGCCAUCAAAAUGUAUCCCAUGGCUAUCUUCUGGAGUCUCAUGGUGUCCAUGUGUGUCAUUAUGGAAGGCUACGAUGCCAUCCUCAUCGGCAACUUCUUCGCCUACCCCGCCUUUGCGGAAAAAUACGGCCAAUACGUCGACGACAAGGGACAGCAUCAGCUCUCUGCGGUGUGGCAGGCUACUCUAGGCAACGCCAGUACAGUUGGUUGUUUCAUCGGCGUCACCAUCAACGGCUUCCUUGUCGAUCGGUACGGCCAGAAGCGCGUCAUCGUCGGCGCCCUCGGUGCCCUCUCGCUCUUCGUCUUCAUUACCUUCUUCGCCGAUAGAAUCAUGGUGCUCAUGUUCGGCCAGCUUCUCUGCGGUAUCCCGUGGGGUAUCUUCGCUUCGUCUGCGCCCGCUUAUGCGUCUGAAGUGCUGCCAAUGUGCUUGCGCGCAUACCUGACGUCCUGGACCAACAUGUGCUUCAUCAUUGGACAAUUGAUCGCAGCCGGUGUCCUGGCCACGCUCGUGUCGCGGACCGACGAGUGGGCGUAUCGUAUCCCCUUUGCUAUCCAGUGGGUGUGGCCGGCUUUUCUAAUUCCCAUCCUGGUCUUCGCCCCCGAAUCGCCCUGGCACCUCGUCCGCCAGGGACGUCUCAACGAAGCCGAAGAAUCCCUCCACCGGUUGCAGAAGAAGUCGGCAUCGCGAUCACACGUCAAGGCCAUCCUCGCAGGCAUCAUCCGCACGAACAAGCUCGAGAUGGAAAUCACCGCCGGCACUAGCUACUGGGACUGCUUCCGCGGGAUCGAGCGUCGUCGAACCGAAAUCGCCUGCUUCGCGUUUGCCGGCCAGGUCCUCUCUGGAUCUGCUUUCGCCUACAACUCGACCUAUUUCUUCCAGCAAGUCGGUGUCUCGACCGAGUGGACCUACAAGCUCAACAUUGGAGGCACGGCCAUGGCCCUCGUCGGCACAUUCGUCAAUUGGUUCGCCCUGAUGCCGUAUUACGGCCGCCGACAAAUCUACCUCCACGGCCUGUCGACCAUGUGCGGCGUCCUCCUGCUGAUCGGCGUCCUCAACAUGUGGACGUCGACAACGGCCGUCGGCAUCACCCAGGCGGUCCUCACCCUGCUCUGGACCUUCGUCUUCCAACUGUCCGUCGGCCAGCUCGGCUGGUCCAUCCCCUCCGAAGUGGGCUCCACGCGCCUGCGCCAGAAGACCAUCUGCCUCGCGCGCAACGCCUACUACGUCGUGCUCGUCAUGUCCAACGCCCUGCAGCCCUACUUUAUGAACCCGCGCCAGCUGAACCUCAAGGGCUACGCCGGCUUCUUCUGGGGGACCACCGCCGCGCUGACCUUUCUGUGGGCCUUCUUGCGGCUGCCGGAGACCAAGGGCCGGACGUACGAGGAGCUCGACUGGCUGUUUGCGCAGAAGACGCCCACGCGCGCGUUUGCCGGGAUGGAGGUCAAGGGGCUGGCUGGGGAGGACAGGCUGCAUUUGCCGCCGGUGCAUUGA